AUGGUUGAUCAGAUCUUUAAAAAUGUGCCAAAUGAUUACACCCCUCCAUCAAAUUACAGCCUAGAACAGUUGGAACCAGUCAAAACAAAAGUUGGUUUGACAGUAUCUACUGCUAAGGAGAUGUGUUUGAGCACUUCGGGAGAAAACAAAGAUCCUCGAUGGUAUGUUGAACGAUCUAAAAGGGUUACUGCUUCAGUUUUUGGUAAAAUUAUCAAUCAUAGAAAGAAACACCAUCCUGCUUCACUGAUUGAAUCAAUUUUACAUAUUGAUCAUGAGAAAAGAAAAGUGCCUGCAUCUCUACAGUGGGGCCUGGAUAAUGAAAGCAAUGCAAUUGCUAAAUACCAGGAUGCAAUAUUAAAAGACAAUACUUAUGUCACAUGUUGUGGACUAGUCAUCAGUCCCAAGUGGCCAUGGCUUGGUUGUAGCCCUGAUGGAAUUGUCAUAAAGGAUGGUAUUCCAGUCGGAUGCAUUGAAGUUAAGUGUCCUUACUCAGUGAAAGAAAUGAAUGUUAAUGAAACUGCACAAUCUGUCAAAGGUUUUUAUUUAAAACAAACUGAAAGUGGUUUAAAACUUAAACUGAACCAUGCAUAUUAUUAUCAAUGUCAAGGUGUUGGCGAACUAACAGUUGGCGAAACGCCUCGUUGGCAAAACGACCGGUUACCGCGAGCACACAAUGUUGUCAAGUAA